UCGAGCCAGGCGUCUCCGUCGGUCGGCAGCGAAAUGAUGAGCCGAUUGGGGCUCCUCUUCGGGGCCGAGGCCCGCAAUUCGCGCAGCCCGUCGAGCGGACGCGGAAGCGCUACGCUCAUGAGCGCCCGCAGCCAGGAUUCCUCUUCGUCCAUGAAGAGUCUUGACGUUCCGGCCAAUCGGGUCACCUCGUCCAACGCCAGUCCCGUCUCCACGCUCACCGGAUCGUCUGAGGCCGAGAUGCAGUCGCAGGCUUUGAGAGAGGUUCACGACCACUCUUCCGACAGCUUGGGCUCGUCCCUUUCCAUGUCGCUGGGCGGCCGGAGCGCUUCCGUUUCACCCGGCCCGUGUUUCGCAGCGUCACGACGCCAUUCUUUAACCGUUUCUCAAGCCGGCCAACAAGCGGAUGACUCGCACAUGUUUGGCCAGCGACAGGCCCUGAUUCGCCGAUCCGCUCGCAACGGAACUGUUCUCGGCCCCAUCGAUCCCAAGAUUCGAUUCGCCCAAUUCCGGCUGCCGCUGCUGGCCCUCAAGCCGCUUUUCUUCCAGGUGCCGCAGCAAGAAAAUAUCGAGUCGCAAUUCUUCUGGGGUCGAUCCUGGAUUUUCCGCGACAUGGCGUCGCAUUUGCUUCCACCAACGUCGUCGUCGUUGGCCGGACAGCCGAUGGAAAUGGCCGGCUCGAAUCGUCGCGGAGUCAUCCUCAGCGGUGCUACCGGAAGCGGGAAAACUUGCGUGGCGCUCCAGCUGGUCGAAUACAGCUGUUUCGGCCGCUCGCGGAUCCCCAUCGCAUCGGCUCCCACUCGGGCCGAGUGCAUCUACGAAAAUCCCUACUCCAGCACUUCCGGCGAAUCCAUUUACGGCCGGACUCACACUCCGGUCCCUCCGGCUGCCGAAACCAUCCAGUCAUUGGCCACCAGAGUGGUGGCCUACCACUUUUGCCAGGCUGACAACAGCAGCACGUGUCUGGUUCCGGAUUUCGUUCAUUCGAUUGCGGCCCAGUUGUGCCAGGCGCCCCAGUUGGUGGCCUUCCGGCAGCUGCUCCUCUCCGAUCCUCACCUGCAAUCGCUGCUCAGUCUGAAGGAGUGCAUUGCCAAUUCUCACAGCUCAUUCGUCAACGGCAUCCUGGAGCCGCUGUCUUCCUUGAAACGAUCCGGCGAAGAGGGCGGUUUUCCGACGUGCCUCAUGGUGGUGGACGGCCUGUGCGAAGCCGAGAACCACCGGCCGGAUUACGGCGACACCGUCAGCAGUUUUCUGGUUCGACACGCCCUCCAGUUCCCCAAUUGGCUGAAAGUUGUCGUCACUGUCCGGUCUGGAUUGCAGAAUAUCACCCAGCUCCUGCCAUACGCUUUGAUCUCAUUGGAUGCACCCGGUGCCGGUGACUGGCCCAACAAGGAUCUGAUGGAUUACACGUGCCAUCGAGUCAACAAUUGCGCCACCAUUCGAAGUAACGUGGCCAUGGCCGGCGUCAAGAGUUCUUCCGGCUCGAAGAUUUACGGGACGGUCGGCAACGGAAUCAGCGGGACCGCCUCGCAGGGUCAGGUGGCCCGUUUCGCCGCCCACCUGAGCGGCCUGUCUCGAGGCAAUUUCCUCCACGCCAAGAUGGCCCUGGAUUUGAUCGAGCAAGGCCACCUCUCCGAGAUCUUUUUGCUCAACUUCAAUCUGCGCUUCGCCACCUCAAUCCCAUGA